CUUUCAGCUUACGACGGUUUCGUUUGUUUGAGUAGAUUGUCGGACUACUAGAUGCGUAUACAACUUUAGCAUUAUAAAACAUUGGUUUAAGAUAAAACCUUUUAAUGAUCUAGUAUAAUUGAGCAAUCCCUAACACUUAACUAAUAGGGACGUUUUACUUGUAUCGCCCGUAAUUCCGGACUAGCGUAUUCGAUUUCGUUUCAAAGCAAGGCCAUAUUGAUGGUCAUUUAGCAAGGUUGCUCUCUCUGGUCCUGCGUUUAAUUCGAAACGCGUGUUUUAUUUGUCUUUUGACUACAAUUAACGUAAUUCUUGACAUACGUUCUAGAAAUUAAAUAGUAAUUUAGUCGGACCUCAAUUCAGUGUGACUUUGUUCUUGUUACCUAACUUAGAUGACUAGGGCUAUAUCGAUCGCCAUAUUGGAUGCCUUCACUUCUCAAAAUAAAUGAGAUAAAUUAGACUAAAGAUUUCUUCUAAAAAUAUGAAAAAUCCCACCAAGCCGCGAAUCGAUCCUCAACAACUGCUCAGAUGUUUGAGCGUGCUCCUGUCCCCAAAAGGAGGGAUAAAGAGCAAAGAUGAAGUUCAAAGACUCGCUAGCUUGAUGACCAAGUUCUCAAAGAAGCUAGUGAGCAAGUGUAUUUACGUAUCAAUCCUGAAAGCCACGGAAACUGAUUUACUGAUCAUGUUUAUGUCUGCUGGUGGUUGGGAUUUGACAUAUACAUGGUUGUCAGAUGGAGUGGUUGCUAAAAACUGGCCAUUAGUUCAAGAGUUGGUGGAGCUGUUGUUAAUUUGCCCAGUUGACAUAGAUAGGCUGAAAACCAAUGCUUGUCCAAAACUGAUAAAAACUCUCUCCAAAGACACUACCACAGAUGAAAACGUGAGACUUCUUGCGUGCCAACUAGUGGAACAAUGGUUAAGAGUUGUAAGAGGUGACAAUGAUCCUUCCUUACCAACAACAGCUGCUACUGCCACAACCACAGACACUGAAGAAAACACUGCAGUGCAGCAGGAGAAUGGUAGUGAAGGUCAUCUGCCAGUGUACAAAAUAACUAUUAGGGAUGGUGAAAAGGUGUUGGCCAAGAUUAGUGGGGGAAGAUCCAGCACUGAAGCGGUAGAUGAAGGUUGUAGUACACCAACAAGUUCAGAUGAUGUCAAUCAGGAUGAAGAAGAGCCUGCGGAUGUAUCUGUAAACGAUGAUGAUGAUGAUGAGGAUUAUGAUGAAAUAAAGCCAGUUAAACUGAAGAAGAAGCCACAGUUGAAUAAAACUAGCAAACAAGCCAACAAGAAACCUGCCAAAGUCAGUAAUGCAGCCAAGAAAGAGCGAGACAGCACUGACAGUGCUUCCAGUAGUCAUAGUAAGCCCAAUAAGCUAAAAGAAAAUACAAAACUAGCUGGGAAGAAAGAAAAAAAUGAGUCUCCCAAGGUAAAACCAACCUCGAAAAAAUCCUCAAAUAGCCCAAAAAUGUCAAAAGAAGGUUUGAGUGCAGAAAGUGAUGUAGCUCGCAGUAAAAAGUCAGACGAGUCUUCAAGUAAUCUCAAACAAAAAGGAAAAUUAAGUUUGAGUUUAAAAAACAAAAAACAACCUCCAUCUAUUAAAGAUAAAAAAGAUCCUAAAAGUGAAAAGAAUGAUGUAAAAGAAAAAAACGUUCUGGAUGAUGAUGAUUCUUUGACUGAGAAAGAAAAGGAAUCUAUAAAAAAGCUAAUUGCUCCACCCAUAAGUAAACUGGGGAAGAUUCCAAAGAAAACAUCUUCUAGCAAGGAAGAAAAACAGUCAGAGGAGAAGAAUCGUACUCUUAAAGAAGACAAUAGUGAUGGCAAAGUUGAUGUCAAAAAAGGCUACGAUGUAAAAAAGCCUGAAACAAAGCGAUUAGAGAAAAACUUCACAAUUGGUGUAGAUAGAAAAGCAGCAGCUCAAGGUGAAAAGCCAAAAACAGUUAAAACUUACAACUCAAAGUUUAGAUCGACAGGUUUGGAAGAAGAAGUGAAACCACCUCCUCCCAGGCCUGUUAACAAGAAACCACCUCCACCUCUGUUUCCUGGACCUCUAGUAUUGCCAGAGAAGAAGAUAGGAAAAAGGAUGUCACCUCCCCCUGAACCUCAUCUUCCAGAGAAGAAACUCAAACCAGACUCUCCUCAAGAAGAAAAGAAACCUGUAGAGAAAUCCGGUGGCAUCAAACUUAUACCUCCCAAACCGAAGCCCAUGUUCCUACAAGAAAGCGACGUCUUCAUGGACGCUAUGCUGGAAGCCAAUAAAAUGAAGGAGCCUCGAAAGCGCAAGAGAAAAGGCAGUGUUAGCAGGGAAGGCCCGUCAGAUCCCAAAAAGGACGCCCAAGAUCAUAAGAGCAGCCCCUCUAACUCUCCUAAGUCUGAAGACAGUCCUUCUUCUCUCAAACCUACUUUUAAGUUUUAUCAAGAUACUUUGGAAACCUCCAUGGAAGAGGAGAAAGCAGACAAAGAUGAUGAAAAUUUGGAGUUCGCCGAACCUGAUAAGAGCUCAGAUGAUUUAGGCGAUGAUCAGAAAUCCAUGUCCAGCACAGAUGAUGAGAAGGUGAAUGUGAGAGUUGGCCAGAACGGACCACUGAAGGGAGUGCUGGUCCAUCUAAAGUCUCGGAGACAGAAGAAGUCUGUCACAUGGAAGGAAGACUCGCUGGAGACAAUCAAAUACUUUGAACUUGAUGAAACAGAAAGAGUCAAUGUCACCAAGAACUUCAGUGACAUGAAACUCAUGGAGAGGGAGCAUGAAAGGGAGAACUUCCAAUUGGUUCGCAAGCUUGCUGUGGAUGAUGUGAUGGAAGAGAAGACCAGGUGGCGAGCUCUAAUCCCCAUAGACAUAGCAGCUCCUGUGGUGGCUCCUGGCAAGAACAGUCAGGAGAAGGAGAUACAGUACGCCAGGGAGAAGACUGUACCUGCUGCGAUAUACUUCAACAAGAGAAUGAUCCCAGACGCCCCAGCUGAACCAGACCUUGAGAUCCACGCAACUACAGACCCUGCUUGCAUCCCUCUAGAAGAUAUCACAGGCAGUACAGACUCCAUCAAUGACUUCACCACCACUCCCUGGCCAGAACCCAAGGGCCCUGCACCUCUACCUGUACCUCCCCCUGCACCCGCAGCAGUUAUCCCCGCCACACCCUUCCCUCCUACUCCCGUCCCUGCUCCAGGACCUGGACCAAACUUUCCAGGUCCUUUCCCACCAAUGGGGCCUGGCGCACCAUUCAUGCCUCCAGGUCCACCUAUGGGGCCCGGCAAUGACUGUUGGAGGACUGGAGAUGGCAAGGUGGUGGCGAUGCCAGGUGAUAUGAUGAUGGGACCGCCCCAGCCCUUGAUGGGACCACCAGGCAUGCCUAUGGGACCAGGACCCAUGAUGCUUCCUCCCGGAGUUACUCCAGAGAUGGGCCCAUUCCCAAUGAUGGGACCCAACCCAACCAUGCCCGAGGAGAUGCACUUCCCCGGUGGUUUCCCUCAGAUGCCGGGACCACCGUUCCCCCCUGGACCCCCUGUGCCACAAGGACCCCCCCAGGGCUGGCAGGGUGGAAACAACUGGUACAACGACGGAGACCAGCCACCUCCCCACCACAACCAGAGCAACGGACCUCCUCACCGAGGCAACAACUGGCGAGGCCGCGGCGGCCGCAAUCGUAAGUAUUCUGAUGGCAGUUGGGGAGGCGGAGGCGGAGGCAACUCCAGGAUGCCUAUCUGCAACAACUUCCUCAAGAAAGGGUUCUGUCGCAACAACAGUUGUAGGUUCCGACAUCCAAGGAACUAAGGUCCGCCAGUGGAACAUUUGGCAAAUCUGUGAUUUAAUGUUAAAAACCAGUGUAUAGUGAUAAAGUGACUAUUAUGGACUGAUGAUCCAGUGUUGUAAGCUUCAUAUUUUAUUAGUAUAUUUCACUAUAUGAUGAACUAUUAUUUAGUGUGGAUUAUUAGAUUUAUUUAUGUUUUCAUCCGGAGCUUUUCGACGGAGGUUCUUGUAUAUAUCUAUCAUCGUUAUACGAAGGCUGUGAAGUGUACAUUUUAUUAUUUGCAUUUUACAAAUGCAAUCUGUACAUAUAUUUGUGUACUAUGUACAUUGUAAAUAAUUUUUAAUCAUUUCAGUAUGUAUUUAUAAUUUUAUCAGUUUUCUCUCGAAGUUAGCAUGUACUCGUCUGUUUUUAUGUUUAAUAAAUAAUACUUCACUA